AGCCGCACCCACAGUCGAGAGCUACGUUCACGAUCACAAACGCCUCGAGAAACACGAACUAAGUUGUUUUAAGACCGCGUUUCAAAGUUAUUAUUCGCUCAAAUAUAAAUAAGUUAAUUCGUUUAACUGUAGUGUGCAUUCGUGAAGCUGGAGUAAAUAUUUAACUGAUCCAACAGCUGCUUUCAAACAGAGUCCCGGUUGGAAAUACGGUUUUAACUAAGGAUGGCUUCGCGCGGGAAAUCAGAAACUGGAAAAUUAAGGCAGAAUAUGGAAGAGCAACUUGACAGACUGAUGCAGCAGCUUCAGGAUCUGGAAGAAUGCAGAGAAGAACUGGAUGAGGACGAGUAUGAGGAGACAAAAAAGGAAACCCUGGAACAGCUGAGUGAAUUCAAUGACUCCCUGAAGAAGAUCAUGACAGGAGACAUGACACUUGUGGAUGAGCUCAGUGGAAUGCAACUGGCGAUCCAGGCUGCCAUCAGCCAAGCGUUCAAAACUCCAGAGGUGAUCCGACUUUUUGCGAAGAAACAGCCAGGACAGCUGAGAACCAGGCUGGCAGAGAUGGACCGAGAUGUCAUCGUGGGGAAACUGUCGCGGGACGUGUACACACAGCAGAAAAUGGAAAUCCUCACGGCCUUGAGAAAACUUGGAGAGAAGCUCACUUCGGAGGAUGAGACUUUUCUCACUGAAAACGCCACAGCUACUCUGAGCCAGUUUGAAAAAGUGACUGCAAACUUAGGAUCUGAAGACAAAAUUAUGGCUUUAGCUAGUUCUGGUGUGAAAACCAAGACAUAGUAAUUCUACGAAAUGUUCAUUUUAACUCUGUCUACCAAGAAAACAAUGUACCAAUUGAUCAUUGAUUUUGUAAAUAAUCAGUGCACUUCUAGGUGUUACUGUAGAUGCUAACACUUUUUAACAGUAUUGUUUUAUAUCCUGCGACUUUUGUAAAUGUCUUUUAUUUGUCCAGAUAGGUGUAAUAGUGUAUUAUUGGUACGAGCGUGGGAUUUGUUGAAUAUGAAGAUGUACAUGAAUGUGAAGGAUAGUCGAGGCAGUUCAAGAGAAAUAGUCUGCUGUGAUUCGUUUCUCAUUGGGUUGCUGUCUGUUUUUAGGAUCUUGAUUUCCUGUAUGAGUGCUUCAAAUGAUGCUGCCAAAUGUAAUUUUAUUUUAACUAAACUGUGCUGUGUACAGGGAUUUGGACAAAAUAACAGAAGUACUGCCAGAAAGAGAACUUUGAAAUAACUAAAUUACACUACAGAGGCCCUAACACUAGUAGGUCAAUUUGUAUGCAGUACACAUACAGUAUGACUUGACAAUGUGCAUCAGGGUGUCAGUUCAAACAUAUCAGACAAUCACCUCUUUUAGUGUAUUUUCAAAGCAAUGUACAUCAAAUUUCCUAUUUCAGAUUUUAAUCUUUGUCUUAAUAAAACAUAUGCUUUUUAUUGGCCUCUUAAAGUCAGUGUUUGUAAGAGGACUGCCAUUUUGAAAGUGAAUUCAUCCUGUGCAACUCCAGUAUUAAGAUGCAUGACGAGUUGAAAAGCACCAAUCUGGACGGAGUCGUUGACCAGUUUGCUUGCAAUGUGACUAGAAAUCUUCUGAAUGGAUUAGAUGCCAUCUGCUAAACGUUGCGGAGGGUCUUGAGAUGGUUUCAGCAGCCAUCUCAUGAGAGUGAGUCAGUUUGAUUAAUAGUCUGUUUGGACGUUUAACAACCAAGGAACAUGAGGUCAUUUUACAGUGCCAGAUGCAUUCUGCACUGUUGUUCAUGUCCUCGCUCGGCUGAACGAUAAAAAAAAUAAAUGAACAGGAUGAAAUAAAAACACUUUCCAAUCUCUUCAAAUGCCAGACGUAAGAGUGAUUGAGCUGUUUUAAAGAAUGUAAUCGAUGGCUGUUUGAAGGAUAGAGUACAUUCAGCAUUUUAAAUACACAUUGAGGACUAUACUUUGUCUGGUUCUGGAUAUUUAUGUUGUUUCUAUUAUUUUGUCCACACUCUUUAUUUAUUGAUUAUCAAGCAUUUCAAACUAACUGCUUUAGCAGACAGCUGUUAUUAUAAAUUUGCAGUAACUGAGUUCAAUAUUGCCUUAGUAUUUCAUUUUCAUGUUUAGUUGAGAAGAUGUAGAAUUUAAUGUCACAAUGUUUACACCAUUGAUCAUAAUUGAUAUUCAGCUUUGAGUGUUUGUUUCUCUGUAAAUAAAUCAAUGAUCAUUGUUUUAAUUAUU